UACAACCACAAACAUCAAGAUUCAAGUGGCGGUGACUUGGUUCAACUUUGUACAUUUUCUGUUAGUGUCGCUCUCUUCGAAACCUUUUCUUCGCGGACGUUGGCAAACAACAUGCAGGCAUUAAUUGGCGGGAUGGCAGCCAACUCGAAAGCAAAGUUCUCUUCGGUCUCUGAUAUUAUCACUUCACUGCAAGACGUUCUCGCACGUUCACAAGUAACCAUGCCAGACCUCGAAUCCGCGUACUCACAGGCCCGUUUCCUCAAUGUGAACUACUCUGCCAUUGAGCUCGAAGACCAGUCCAUCGGUGCCCUCAUCACUGAACGCCGACAACAGCUAGAUGCAGCUUUACUCGAGCUCUCGGACCUGGAAACCAUUGUGGAAAAUAUAAACAAUCUUCACCAGCAGCUCGUUGAAAGGAAGGACAAGAUCGCCCAGUCCUUGAAUUUGCACAAGAGACACGGAUCGGCGCUUUGGCGCUUGCCGACUGAGGUUCUGUCGGAAAUCUUUCACCAUUGUCUCACAAACUCCGAUGAUUCUGAGCUGCCAUCAGAUCUAGAAGUUCUUAUGUGGUUGACUGGAGUAUGCCAACGAUGGAGGGUCGUUGCAGUGGGCACACCCAGUUUGUGGUGUAGGCUAUCUGUCGCACCUGACCGCAGAUAUGAUUGGAAUAAUGAAGUCCUCUACUAUGACUUAUGGCUCAAGCGAUCACGAGGACAUCCGCUAUCGUUAAAACUCUAUUGCUGCAAAAAUUGGCACUCUUCUGAACUACGAAGCUUUCUUCAGCCUUAUAUACAUCAAAUCUCGUCUCUCUUCAUCAAUUUUGCCUUCGGCGCCAAUCAACCGGAACUCAUGUUAACUGAUAUCCCAGCACUUCAGGAGCUAACCAUCGUCGCAAUGGGAAUAGAUGGGUCAGCUAUUGUACAAUGCAUAUCUCGACUUCCAAUAACUCUGCGGCGCCUCGAGAUAAUAGGGCCCUCAUUCGACCUCGGACACGUGUCUUUGUGUAGUCGCGUAUGGGCCCGCCUGACAAAUGUCAUAAUCGCUAUACGUGAACCAAACGCAGUUCUCCGCUUGCUCCAGUUAGGUCCCGACCUUUCCUCGUUAGCGAUUCGCACAUCGCUCCGCAGCAUCCAGGCCUUGGUGCCAUUCAUGCAUGUUGGACUUCAAUCCUUACGCAUCAAUGCUGGCUUUAUGGAACCGUGGCCUCAUGUGGAGUUUAAGGCAUUCCUGAUGCGGUCAAAUUGCGCCCUGGAGACCCUGAUUUUAGGCUCUGGGACUGGGACCACAGAUGAGCAGCGAGCGGAAUAUGUUGCCCUUGUUCCUUCGCUUAAUGUAGUGAGCGACUUGAUUACUUGCGUUCACUUUUAGUCGUUACGUAUGUUGGUCAGUGUUUUAGGGUACCACAAUCUCCUUCAUCCUCUCAUGGCCUACCGUCUACCCCACAGUCUGUUUACAACUGAGCAACUCGAUGUCUGCCACCGGCUUCUGGUAAACUAGAAACACC